GGAAAGUAAACGAGGGGCAGUCGGUACAUAAGAACUGGGAAAAGAAGCAACCAAUCCACCAAGUCAGGCGCGCUAAAAGUCUGAACACUGAGCACUCUUUCCGUAUUCUUUCUCGUCACACUUUUUAACCAUUCCACUCCACCAUUUCACACUUAACUUCUUUUCAAAUAUCAAGUCCCACAGUGAAUUCAAGCCGAGUGUGAGGGGUGCAGGAAAUGGCGGAUCCGCAGAAAAAAUGGGUGAGCGAAGAUGUGGUAACAUAUUCAUAUCUUCUCCUCUAUAUUGCACUCUCUAGUGGUCAGAUCUUCUUCAACAAGUGGGUUUUGUCUUCAAAAGAUAUAAACUUUCCUUAUCCUCUUGGAUUGACUCUACUUCACAUGGUUUUCUCCUCAAUUCUGUGUUUUGUGCUUACCAAGGUUCUGAAGAUAAUGAAAGUUGAGGAAGGGAUGACUCUAGAUAUAUACAUGAGUUCGGUCAUACCAAUUGGUGCAAUGUUCGCUAUGACACUUUGGCUUGGGAACACUGCUUAUCUCUAUAUUUCAGUUUCAUUUGCUCAGAUGCUGAAAGCAAUCAUGCCUGUAGCAGUUUUCAUUCUGGGGGUAGCAGCUGGACUCGAAGUGAUGAGCUGCAGAAUGCUUCUCAUAAUGUCAGUAAUCAGUUUUGGUGUACUUGUGGCUUCUUAUGGGGAAAUAAAUAUUAACUGGGUAGGUGUUGUCUAUCAAAUGGGAGGUGUAGUUGGAGAAGCUUUGAGGCUUAUAUUUAUGGAGAUUCUGGUGAAACGGAAGGGCCUGAAGCUCAACCCCAUAUCUGUGAUGUACUAUGUCAGCCCAUGCAGCGCUCUUUGUUUGUUAAUUCCAUGGAUCUUUUUGGAGAAACCAAAGAUGGACGAACAGAGGACAUGGAGCUUCCAUCCUCUUAUUCUAACCCUAAAUUCUCUAUGUACCUUUGCCCUGAAUCUGUCUGUUUUUCUGGUGAUUCAACAUACAAGUGCCCUGACAAUUCGUGUUGCUGGAGUUGUCAAAGAUUGGGUCGUUGUGCUGCUAUCUGCCCUACUUUUUGCGGAUACAAAAUUGACAUUAAUUAAUCUUUUUGGUUAUGCUAUUGCUAUUGCAGGUGUAGCUGCAUAUAAUAAUCACAAGCUAAAAAAGGCAGCUUUCCCAGGAAGCUCAGAUGAGUCUCAACCCACUCAAUCUAUACCUUUAAUACCAUCUACAAAUUCCAAUAACUAGAUGUAUGUGAAGAGCAGCGUUGCAACUUAUCUUGAUUUUUUGCAUGUAAAUGAUGGCAAGCGUUCAAGUUCUUUUAUGCUCUUAUUGGGGGAUGGAAGUGCUUUUCAAUGAUGCAUUAUCUGACAUACUGGCUCACAGUUUUUGCUUUAUGUGAAGCCAUAGUGAAACACAGUGAUUUUUGACUAGGGAAUGUACCUGUGGAUGCGACCUUUUUGAGUGUUGCUUCUACUUUUGAAUUUGGAGGAUUUUGUGAUAUUUGAGAAUAAGAUACAAAAACAGUAUACUUGAGUGAUGUAGAGAGUUUGUACCUUGUUCUGCACGAAAAAAGCUGGACUACAAUAUGUUGCAGACAUUUUGAAUUUGUGCACCACUUGGAUGAAAUUCUUUCAUAUAUAUACAAGGCUGUUGUUACAAUUAGAUUGUUAUAUUCUUUUCUGUAUUAUCAAUGUUCUGCUCUGUAAAUCAGAGUAUACGGCAAUGUAUUUAAUGUUUAUGCAGAAUAUUUCAGAAUGAUAGAACUUAUAUAAACAAAUAUGACUUCGUGUUGGUAAAAUGAGAUUUGCAGAAUGGGAUUGCUCGGCUACUGAUAAGUGGAAGAUCCAAUGGGGCUGGCUGUAUCCACUGUUGUCUUGAUAGCAGUUCUUGUCACAAAGGACUCUUAAAGGUUGGCUGCUACUACUGAACAGUUAAAAGUGAUGAAUAAGCGAGGAUAUGUAGGGAUUAGCUUUAGAUAUUUUCUGUCUCUGGCAGAUCUCUUACGUUGACUCUAAUGAAGGAAUUUUUGUCUCAAAUUUCCUUCACUAUUCCUCUGUAUUUGUAUUCUCAUGAGUUGUUUGUCUGUCUUUAAGGCUUGAGGUUAAUACUUAA